AAUCGAUGUUCACAUCGAACUCUCCGCCUCCACACUCCCUGCCUCCCCCAACCCAUCCCACCCCGUUCCCACCUCCCAUGGCGGCGCCGGCGCCGGCGCCGGCGGCCACACACCUCCAGCGCCCGUUCCUCCUACUUCCUUCCCCGCCGCGACCCCACCCUCCUCUUCGCCUCCGCUUCCUCCUGCCGUCCCCGCCGCCCCUCCGCCUGCGCCGCCGCUUCCCGCUCCUCGCGGCCGCCGCCGUCUCCGCGGGCGGCGGGGGCGGGGAGGAAGCCUCCAGGAAGGCCGACAAGGCCCGGCAACUACAGAAGCGGGUCCUCGUGGGCGUCGCCAUCGGGGUGGGAGCUGGCGGCAUCGUGGUCGCCGGCGGCUGGGUCUUCGCCGCCGCCGUGGCAGCUGCCGUCCUUGCCGGCUCCCGAGAGUACUUCGAGCUCGUCCGGAGCACCGCCAGCGGAGGCGGGACCCCGCCGCCGCGUUACGUGUCCCGCGUGUGCUCCGCCAUCUGCGCUCUCAUGCCCAUCCUUACGCUGUACUACGGGCGCAUGGACGUUACUGUGACGUUUUCUGCAUUUGUUAUUGCAAUAUCAUUGCUAUUACAAAGAGGAAAUCCUCGUUUUGCUCAGCUAACUAGCUCAGUUUUUGGUUUAUUUUACUGCGGCUAUCUUCCUUCUUUCUGGGUUAAGCUUCGCUCGGGACUAGCUGCGCCAGCCUUGAAUACAAGAAUUGCAUACAGUUGGCCAAUUCUUCUUGGUGGACAAGCUCACUGGACAGUUGGACUUGUAGCAACCUUGAUUGCUAUUAGUAGCAUCAUUGCUGCAGACACUUCAGCUUUCCUUUGUGGAAGGGCAUUUGGUCGUACACCUUUGACUAACAUAAGCCCUAAGAAGACCUUGGAGGGUGCUUUAGCUGGUCUAGCUGGCUGUGUACUGACCACUGUGCUGCUGUCAACUUUCUUACGCUGGCCAAGGUCGCUGUUGAGUGCUACAGCUUAUGGAAUCCUGAUCUUUCUGGGCUCAUUAUUUGGGGAUCUUGUUGAAUCCCUGAUCAAACGUGAUGCUGGCGUGAAGGACUCUGGAUCACUCAUUCCUGGUCAUGGUGGAAUUCUUGACCGAGUUGACAGCUACGUUUUCACAGGGGCACUUUGUUACUCUUUUGUCAGAGUAGCUCUACCCUUGUAUGGAGUCUGAUUACAGCAGCUAGUCGUUCACUGUCAACAUGUCUUUAUUCUACCCUUUGUUUGGGUCUGAUUACAGCAGCUCGCCGUUUGUUGUCAACAUGUCUUUCUUCGACCAUCAGCAAUGUGGUCUUGAAGUUUUACAUAAUGAUUAGUGUCGCGGAGAUGCCACAGAUCAAUCUUCAUCGCGGGACAAUGUCGUGUCCUGCCCAAGCAAAUUUAGUGGCAAGCGCCUGACUGUUAAAGAUACAACAGUUGUAUUACAACCAGAGAAUGCGCCUGCUAACUUGGACAGUUUCUUAUGUUGGGUUUGAGCUGUUCUUCCCGGCUCAACCAGUUUGCCAAACUUGUCACUUCGGGUGUAGAUAGUUUGUUUUUUUAGAGUAAAAGGGUAAGGCUAAUUCUUCACCACAAAAGUUGUUAAAGUGUAUUAAGGAGGCUUAUGUUGAUAGCUCUAGUAGACCAAAUCAUACUUGUUGACAUCCGUUGUUUUCAUGAUUCAAGGCAUCUGAUUGACAUUUAAAGGCAGGCAUGGUUUUCAGCUAAA